AUGGCUGAGGAGGCUCUCUUCUUACUGCUGCACAAUGAGAUCGUGUCCUGUGUGUACAAGUCGGGCGAGCAGGGGGGAGUGUGGUGAGCCACCUGUGUGUUAUUUCUGGCUGGAUUUACAAACAUGACAUGUUGCAGGAGAAUGGAAAAUGCAUCACCAAGUUGGAGAACAUGGGUUUUCGUGUGGGGCAAGGAUUGAUAGAGAGGUUUACCAAAGACACAGCAAGGUUCAAAGAUGAAUUGGACAUCAUGAAGUUUGUCUGCAAAGACUUCUGGACUACAGUAUUCAGAAAGCAAAUUGACAAUCUGCGGACCAAUCACCAGGGAAUCUAUGUUCUUCAGGACAACAAAUUCCGCCUUAUAACUCAGAUGUCUGCAGGGAAACAGUAUUUGGAACAUGUACCUAAGUAUUUGGCAUUUACUUGUGGAUUAAUCCGAGGAGGAUUAUCAAAUUUAGGAAUAAGAAGUAUUGUAACAGCUGAAGUCUCAGCAAUGCCAGCAUGUAAGUACGCGUAUUCUGAAAUUGUCUAUUUUUAA